CGAAUCAAUGUAUGGAUGCUAUUCCUUCUAAUAGGCCAACUGCAUCUGAUAUUUACGAAGAAUUAUCAGGAUGGUAUAAGAUAUUAGAUAAUAGUAGUGCGACAAAUAAGAAUGAAUUAGCAAUAUUAAAAGCAUUCCAGUCUGCAGAUGCAAUUAUUCCAGCAUUGUCAACCGAACUGCCAGUUUGCCCUAAAGAUAAACUUACAAAAAUAGAUUCAGUCAUCUGA